AUUAUGGCAACAAUAUGGAAGGCUAAAGCUUGUCAAUUUGUCAACUUGUUGUAGUUUAGAUUGUUUGUUUACGGUGUAUAACGGUUUUGUUUUUAGAUAUCAACUCAUUUACAGUUGUUUACUUACAGGUUGAUAACUUACCAACGGAACCUGAAGAUAUUCUUAAGGAUUUAUUUCUGAGUUCGGAGAAAAUCUUGUGUUAAUUUUCGCGUUGGGGGUGCAAGUUCUUGAUAAAUUGUUUAGCCUGAGUAACUGUUGUUGUAGCAAAACAGCAAGAUGGGUGACCGAAAAUCUGAUAUGGAGAGAGUUGGUCUGUUCCAAGAAAUGGGAUAUGUGACGAUUGGUGACAAAUACAAGGCCCCAGGAAUCAGUUUCAAUGAUGCCAGCUCAAAAGGUAGACAGAUGUUACCUGGUGGUGAGAAAAUCAAAUCAGCCUUACAAGGUGGAUAUUUUAGUGAUAAAUUUAACAGAGUAUUGGAAGGGGAAUCAUACAGUGAUCCUAUUAAGAUGAGAAGAGUUAAUAGAAUGGAUGAAUCAAAGAAAAAUAUAUCAAAAGCAUUUCUACCAAGUAAUGGUGAUAAGAAACCGUCUGGAUUAGGAAGUCAUUUUGGAACAUUUGGAGGAAAUGUGUCAGCUUUUAGUCCAGCAUCGGCUUCUGGAAAAGGAUAUAAAGCACCAGGAAAAAAUAUUCUCACAAACCCUGGAAAGAAAGGAACAGGUUUUGGCUAUAUUGGUGUAACACUCAGUGGGUAUCCACCAUAUAAAAGUGAAAACUAUGAUAGAGCUAGAGAAUUAUUAAAGAAAGAAAUUGAAAUUCAUCGAAAAUCUGUGAAAGGUGGCUCCUUUAAACUAAACAUGCAUCCACAAGCCUACUUUGAUCACAAUCCAUAUAAAUCUGAUAAAAAUCUUCCACCAUUACGUAAAGUUUCAUCUGCUGGGAAACGUGAUCUUAAACCAUUUAAACCAAGCUCUCCGGGUAAAAAGCCUGCUGGUGCCAAGAUUGGAACAUUUGAUCCAUAUCCAUCCCAUUCGUCUGAUGCAUACAACGUGAAAUAUAAACGACCAAUACAUGUGGUCAAUAAAAGUGGUAAAACAUUCUCCCCAUCACAGGGACCAAAAUCUACACCAUGUAAUUCUAUUAUUAACCAAAAUGUUAUAAGAACGAUCAAUAUACAAAACUUCAGAUCGAUGACAGUUGUUUAAUAGGCCUACUGCUAAAAAAUUUAAAAUAUUUAUAUUGAUAUUGAAAAAAACUUUUAAAUCAUCAAAAUCAUGAAGAUUCAUUUUUAUAUAUUCAUUUAUUUUUCUUUUAACAUAAGAAUAUAGCUUUAUAAUAUUACUGAAGAAAAUUAAUACCCGGUACUAAUAAUAAAAGGAAUAGACUAUCCUAUAUUAAGGCUUGCUAUUGAAGUUAUAAAGGAGCUUAAUAAAAAGAAUAACCAAGGCUAUGUUUAAUUAACUGAAGGUUAUAACAACGAAUGUAUGGAAUUUAUUGAAAAUGGAUUAAAAUUGUUGACUACAUGUAAGCAUGGGAGAUACUCAAUUUAAUGCUCUCAAAAAUUGUAACAAUCAAGAAAAUGUUGAUUUUGGGCUACAGCGCAUGUACUGUUUCAUACUAUCGAGCACCCCCAUCAUAUUAUUGCUUCAAGAUAUGUUGGUUCAGGGUGUCUGAAAUUAUUGGUAAAAAAACCCCCAAAAGAUGAAUUUCAAAUGGAUAUAUGCCUGUUUCAACAGACUGAUACAUGCAGUAAUUUUUAUUUUCACUUUACAGUAAUAUCUUAAAUGUCUUUAACAUAUGGUAAAUCAUAAUAAUAAUAGGAGAUACACAAUGUAAUUCAUAAUUCAUAAAGAGUUUUUAGCUUUCCCAUUAUUGUUCAAGCUGUGUAUUUUAUCUGGGGUUUUCAACUAUUAUGUUACUUUUGUGUUGUGUCACUUUUGUGAUGUAUUGUUACUUUUGUAAUAUAUUAUGUUGGUUGUGUAUAUGUAAAUAUAUAAUUGUUUUGUACAGAAAAUAUAUAAAUUUAUAUACACACAUCACUGGGAAUUAAUGUACAUUGCCAAUAUAAUUCAUUGUAA